AUGUCGUCAUCUGUCGUCAUAUGCGGUCCAGACCGCUUAUCUAAGCCGGCAGUUGCCGCUUAUCAUCUGUCAUCAUCUAUCGUCAUCUAUCGUCAUAGGGCUGGUGAGACCCUGGUAUCGUCUAUAACCCCAUUAAAUGUCUCGGAUAUGAGACCUAUGGGUGAUGUAGGGUCUGCAGGGCAAUCAGAGGGGAGACACAACAUACCAUGGAUAUGGAAGGCACCUGGUGUCUUGCACAACAAUGAUGCGGGUCUUCAAGAUUGUUUAUGGGUCGAAUGGUGUAAGGCCAGAGCGCGAGCAUCCCGGUGGUCGGAAGAGUGUUCUUUGCUGAUAGAAGAGAUGCAAAGAGUGCUGGUGUUUUUCCUGCUGGGAAAUAGCUCAAUGGAAGGAACGAGGUACUGUGAGGUUAUGGCUGUUCGGGAGGGUCUGUUUGCCCAUUUCUCAAUAAUUUGGAAGAACACCCUCUCCGCUGUUGUCUCCGAGCUUGAUCCGGUCCCCACGAUCAAUGCUGAAGUGACUGAUGAUCAAACACCAUCAUUGGAAGGUCCUCCUUUGCAGGCUGAUGAUGAGUAG